AUGUCCGCCGCCUCCACCGAGUCCCGUAAACCCCUCCCUCUCCCAUGUCUGCUCUACUCUUCACCAAAUUUUGCUGUCCCGCGGCGGCCGACGCUUUACUACGGAUUUGUCCCUUUUUUUUUAUGGGUUUGUUUCUUCGCAGCGGAGAGCCCGGAGCGGCGGUGGCGGCGAUCGGAGGCGGUUGCGUGGCUGCGGUCGCUGCUGGCGGGCUCUGUCCUGCCUCUGCCCCCGCCUCACGCGUCCGACGACGACCUACGGGCCGCUCUCGCCGACGGCGCGAUCCUCGGCGCGGCGCUCCGCAGGCUCGGCUGUGCUUCUACGCCCGACCAGGGCGGAGCCUCAGCGGCGGCGGCGGCGGGGAGUGAUGUCGAGAGGUUCGUCGCGGCAGUGGAGCGCCUGGAACUUCCCAGCUUUGCCGCCUCUGACCUUGACAAGGGCCCAAUGUCAGCUGUCAUAGUCUGUCUUCUUGCACUGAGGGAUCGGUUUGGUUCCAAUGUUGGGGAAGGCUUGCAUUGUAGCCUUGAAGGAAAAUUUAGGAUGCGCAGCAUGGAGCUUCCCAUAAGGGAGAACGGCCAUUGUACUCAAAAUUCUGAGUUUGGAGAAAAGGUGAAAGGGAGCAUACCAAAGGUCUCCAGAAGUCCAGCUACGCCAGAACCAUCAUCAUCUCCAUUAUCAAGGCCUGAACUAUCUUAUAUUUCAAGGCACACUGGACACAAUUUUCAUGAAGUAUUCCAUCUGAGACAAGGAAUUUACUCUGACAUGCCUAUUUCUAAAAUUUUGGAGAUGAUGAAAUCCACCAACUUGGAUAAUGCCCCUACUCAGUCACUUCUGAGUUUUGUGAAUGGCGUCCUUGAUGAGAUCAUUGAGAAUAAGAAUGGAGAAAUUCCUUAUCAUAUCGCUUGCUUGUUGAGAAAGGUAAUACUGGAGAUUGAACGCCGCAUUUCAACUCAGGCAGAACACAUAAGAAAUCAAAAUAACCUUAUCAGAGCACGUGAAGAGAAAUAUAAAUCAAGGAUAAGAGUACUAGAGGCACUUGCAAGCAGGACAGGAGGACAAAUACAAAUAAACUCAAGUGCAGCAAAUGGAAAAAUAAAUGUUGAAGAUCAUGUGCUCCAGAUGAAGAUAGACAAAAGCAGAACUGAAGAAAGAGGAUUAGUUGACAAAGAUAUGUCAAGCUUGAUGACUGAGAAGGAAGAUGUAACUAGAUUGACAAAGGAUAAGGAAGAUAUGGCUAGGCUGUUGAAAGAUAAGGAAGAUAUAAUAAGAUUGAUGAAGGAGAAGGAAGAAAUGGUUAUGCUGAUUAAGGAGAAAGACGAGAUGGUUACCUUGAGGAAGGGGAACAUUGAUGGCAGAGAUCAGUCAGCAGAUGCACUUGUGGACAAAUCAACUAAAUAUAACGAUGAAACCAUUAGGAUGAUGAAGGAGAAAGAAGAUAAUACUAACAAUACAAUUAUGAAACUAAAGAGCGAAUUGGAAGCUGUAAAAUCAUCAUAUAAAGAGAACCACAACCAGUUAGAAUCUACAAAGGAGGAGGUGCUUAAGCUUCAAAAGGACAAGGAGAAUAGUGACAAUAUAAUAUCAAAACUCAGGCAAGAGCUUUCAUUAGCACGGGAAUCUCAUAAGACACAUAUUCAAGAACUGGAGAGUAGUGCUUUGCAGGCAAGCAAAUGCUUUGAACAUAGAAUAAAAGAAGUAGAUCUAAUGCUCGAAGAUUCUAGAAAGAAAAGAAGAGAUCUGGAGGAAGUGUUAGCAUCUAGAAUGGAUACUUGGAAGCAGAAGGAAAUCAUGGUGAACCAAUUUUUAGGUCUACAAAUACAGAACAUCCAGGAUUUGAGGUUAUCUUCUGUUUCCAUUAGGCAUGAAAUCCAAAACUGCCAGAAAAGAUGGUCCGAAGAACUUAAUGGCCUUGGACAAAGUCUCAACAUACUGAUAAAUGAUUCUGAAAAUUAUCAUGCUUCUCUAGAAGAAAAUAGAAAACUGUACAACGAGAUUCAGGAACUAAAAGGAAAUAUAAGAGUCUACUGCCGGAUAAGGCCUUUUCUUCCUGGGGAGGAUCAGAAAUCUACUAUAAUUGAAUAUGUUGGUGAUAAUGGGGAUCUGGUAAUUGCAAAUCCCACACGACAGGGAAAGGAGGGGAGCAAGUCGUUCAAAUUCAACAAAGUUCUUGGCCCCACUGCUUCUCAAGAUGAGGUCUUCAAGGACAUUGAACCCCUUAUCAGAUCAGUUCUUGAUGGUUAUAAUGUUUGCAUUUUUGCAUAUGGUCAAACUGGAUCAGGGAAAACAUACACAAUGACUGGACCUGAAAAUGCAACAGAGAAUGAACGGGGUGUCAAUUAUAGAGCUCUGAAUGAUCUCUUCCAUAUUUCACAUAAUCGUGGGGAUACCAUCAUGUAUGAAAUAAAUGUUCAAAUGAUUGAGAUAUACAAUGAGCAAAUUCGUGAUCUUCUUGGCAGCAAUGAGAUUAUGAAUGCCAGCCAACCCAAUGGGCUUGUCGUUCCUGAUGCAACGUUGCAUCCUGUUAAUUCAACAUCCGAUGUUAUUGAGUUAAUGAGAAUAGGACUUGCGAACAGAGCAGUGGGUUCGACAGUGUUGAAUGAAAGAAGCAGCAGAUCUCACAGUGUUGUUACCACACACAUUCGAGGUGUCGAUUUGAAAACAGGAGCUACUAUUCGUGGUGCACUGCAUCUUGUUGAUCUUGCUGGGAGUGAGAGAGUGGACCGAUCUGCUGUUACAGGCAAUAGACUCAAAGAAGCACAACACAUCAACAAAUCUUUGUCCGCUCUUGGAGACGUCAUAUUUUCUCUAUCGCAGAAGAAUGCUCAUGUACCGUACCGGAACAGCAAACUUACACAAGUCCUACAGAGUUCUUUGGGCGGCCAUGCAAAAACCUUGAUGUUUGUGCAGAUCAACCCAGAUGUCUCAUCUUAUUCGGAGACUUUAAGUACUUUGAAGUUUGCUGAAAGAGUUUCUGGAGUGGAACUAGGUGCUUCAAAGGCGAAUAAAGAAGGCAAAGAUAUUACAGAAUGUAUGGAACAGCUCUCAGUGCUCAAACAUAAAAUUGCAAAGAAAGAUGAGGAAAUUAACAGAUUACAACAACUCAAGACACAAACUCCAAGGGUCAGGACAGCAAAACGUGCAGAUUCCCCAUUGAAACAUUCGUCCUCCUCCCCAGGCAUAUCUAAUUUAGGAAGCAAAAUCCAUCACAGAAGAACGACAUCUAGUGGAAAGGCAAUGAGCAUUGGCAGCAGGGCUGACUCUGAUAACUUCUCUGACAUCAGUGACAGGCACUCUGAAUCUGGUUCUAUGCAGUCUGUUGAUGAUAUCCUACCACAUAGGGGGAUUAUGGGACUUCCGAAGCUCUCUUUUGGUGCAAUGGGUCAGAAUUCUGCUGACCCUGAGCUUGUUUGCUUUGGCUAUGCUGAUUCAGAAGAGAGAUUAAGUGAUAUAUCAGAUAGUGGUCUUUCCAUGGGUACAGAGACAGAUGUUUCAGGAAGCAGUAUAGUUGAGUUGACACGCUUCCAGGAGCAGGAAAACACAACUAGCACUCAGAAAGAACAAGAGAGUGCACUAAAAACUCCAAAUGAUCGGUUGUCUAAGGUGGCCACCCGAGUCCAGAAGACAACAGCAUCCAAACCAGCUCAAACUUCCUUGUGGCCUAAACUAAGAGAUCCUCCAGCUCUUAGAUCCCCAAUGCAGCUGCUGAAAAAUUACCCUUAUGGCAGUGUAACCUGA